AUAUAAAUGGACGGAUCUCCUCCACAUCACCACAGUCGACAUAGUCGUCUUCCAGAGCCAUGAAGACUUUGGUUAAUGUUGUGGCCCUGGCCGCCUUCUGCUUGGCAGCCACAAGCGCUGAGCCCUCCCCAGAUGCUGAGCCUUCCCCAGAUGCUGAGCCAGGCUAUUUCCGGAGAGGUUUCGGUGGAGGUUUCGGACAUUAUGGUGGAGGAUUUGGACACCACGGAUUUAGAGGAAAGAGAAGUGCUGAAGCGGAUCCUGAAGCCGUUUCUGACCCUGAAGCCAAUCCCAGCUUCUACGGUGGUAGGGGCUUCGGUGCAGGCUUCCGUGGUAACAGAGGAGGCUUCGGAUAUCGUGGAAAGAGAAGUGCUGAGGCUGAUCCUGAAGCCAUUGCUGAGCCUGAAGCUGAUCCCAGCUUCUACGGUGGUAGGGGCUUCGGUGCAGGCUUCCGUGGUAACAGAGGAGGCUUCGGAUAUCGUGGAAAGAGAAGUGCUGAGGCUGAUCCUGAAGCUGAUCCCAGCUUCUACGGUGGUAGGGGCUUCGGUGCAGGCUUCCGUGGUAACAGAGGAGGCUUCGGAUAUCGUGGAAAGAGAAGUGCUGAGGCUGAUCCUGAAGCUGAUCCCAGCUUCUACGGUGGCAAGGGCUUCGGUGGAGGCUUCGGAAGCUUCGGAGGCUUUGGAGGUCGUAGGUACUACGGCUAAAUAUUGACUUCACUCUACCGCCGCAAUGUUCACAGACAAUGACUCCUUAUUUCGAUCCGACAUUUUAAGUAUUACAAUAAAUAUAUAGUAAGUAUUACAAUACAAAUGUUGUAAAUUGAA